AUGAAGCAAUGGACAAGGUUUCGCUUCCAAGCAGCAAGAAUCCCUCCCAGGAUCGUUUCCAGCGGCGGCAAGAAGCACCAGGAUCAUCUCACCGCGAGCCUCGGUCUCCUGGAUCGCAGCGAGACCGCGGACAAGAACACGUUUGCAUCGCUCCUCCGCCAAUGCGGCAGUCGCCAGGCCCUGGAUCAGGGGAGGAGAAUCCACCGGCACAUCGUCAACACCGGAUUGGAGCGCGACAUCUUCCUCCAGAAUCUCCUCGUCCAGAUGUAUGGCAAUUGCGGCAGCACGGCAUCCGCUCGGUGCGUCUUCGACUCCAUCGCGGAGCCCAAUUCGGUCUCCUGGCACUUGCUGAUGCUCGCCUACGCGCAAGGUGGAGAUCUUGCCGAGGUGCGCGCGAUCUUCCACCGGAUGCCGGAGAUCCGGAAGAACAGCAUCUCCUGGAACAUCAUUGUUACAGCAUUUGCCCAGACCGGGUAUCUUGACGACGCGAAGGCGCUGUUCCAGGAGAUGCCGCGCCGCGACGUGGUAUCCUGGAACACGAUAAUCACCGCGCUCGUCCGGGCGGGCCGUGCGGCGGAGGCGAUCGCGUUGUUCCGGCGGAUGGACGUGCCGCCGGAUCACAUCACAUUCGUGUCGUGCAUCGAUGCCUGCGCCUCCGCGCUGGCGGUGGAGCUCGGCAAAGAUCUUCACUCGCGCGCCGCUACCGCUUGCCUGGCCGCGGAUGUUCUCGUCGCUACCUCGCUCGUGAGUAUGUAUGGAAAGUUUGGAUCCACCGCGAGCGCCAAGGAGGUGUAUGACUCGGUGAGCUCCGGCGGUGAUGUGAUUCUCCACACCUCGAUGAUCGCGGCCUUCGCUGAAAAUGGCGAGAUCGAUCGAGCGAGGGAGCUCUUCCACGGGCUUUCCAGCGCCAGGGAUCACGUCUGCUGGACGAGCAUGAUCGUGGCGUGUGGAUCCAAUGGAGAGCUCCCCGAGGCCGAGAGAUUUUUCCAGCGGAUGCCGGGGAGGUCACUCGUGUCGUGGAAUGCGAUGAUGGGAGCGAUGAUCCAGAGCGCCGAGUACUCUCUCGCGAUCGAAGUUUUCCGCGAGAUGGAUGUGGAAGGAGUGACUGCGGACAAGAUCUCGUGCGUCACGGUUCUCGACGCCUGCGCGAACCUCACGAGGCUCGACGAGGGAAGAACUGUGCACUGGAUCGUCCAAGGCGUGGAGGAGCUGGGUGAGUGCGCGAUCGUCAAGACCGCGCUGCUCAACCUCUAUGGAAAAUGCGGGAAGCUGGCGGAGGCGAGAGAGAUCUUCGACGAGAUGGCGGCGAGGAAGACGAUCGAGACUUGGAACGCGAUGAUCUCGUCCUACGCUCAAAAGGGUCAGGGGAGGAGAGUUUUGGAGCUCUACUGGCUGCUCAACUUGGACGGGAUCGUCCCCGACUUUGUGACGUUCCUGUGCGUGAUCUCGACUUGCAGCCAUGCUGGACUGGUCGAGGAUGGUCGCAGCCACUUCCACUCUAUCACCGCCGACUUUAGCAGCUUCCCGACGCGGGAUCACUACUGCUGCAUGCUGGAUCUCCUGGGACGAGCUGGCCGAUUGAACGACGCCGAGGAGCUCGUCGAGCUGAUGCCGUUUGAGCCCAAUGCUGUGGAGUGGACUGCCGUGCUUGGAGGGUGUGAGACGCAUGGAGAGUUCCAGCGCGGGGAGAGAGUUUCAAAGAGGUUUUUUGGGCUGAAAGACGACGAGACUGGCGUGGCUCCAUACUUGCUGCUCUCCAAUCAGCUGAUGACUGCAACGAUGGUAUAGUUCAUGGCAAUAUCACGAAAGAGAAUUGGAUCGUGAACGAGGCAAACAGGAACUGCGUACGAUGUAGUUUCUACAUGGAUUCAAAGUGAAUGAAGAGCAAAACGAGGAAAGAGGCUUUGGAGUUUUCAGUAACAUGUAGUUUUCUGCAAGGUGUCUCUCAUAUGGCCAAGAUUGAAGAUUGAGAGUUUUUUGCCUCUGGUGGUCGUAGCUGCUGUAAGUUUCCCAAGCUGCCUGGAGCGAAG